UAGUUUUCUGGAGGUUUUUAAAACAUUUAGGAGAGAAAUGAGAGAGAAAAGUCCCGGACCAACGCCUCUCACGGCGGCAGAUAGGAGAGGUUUGAAGGCCUCCCAAUCCAUAUUCAAAAACCUUCAGAGCUUUAUUUGACUUACACACGCAGAGAAACUCGUUCGCUGUCAGAUCGAUACGAUUAUAGAUUUGAUUAGUUCCGCCAAACGUGUAUUUUCUGGGUUUAUCGGCAAAGAGAAAACACAAGUGUCUCCUGUUCCCGCGGCUCUGUGGAGAGGCCGGCAGGGUUGAGUCUCCACGGUUCUCAUGGUGUGUUUAAGUUCCAGUCUUUGCAGGAGAAUCUGAAUCAGUCCGAUCGCUCUCGUUGACAGUGAUUGUUUGACAGUACAAUGGCAGAAGUCGCCCCAGCCGCACCCGCCGCCGCCGCUCCGGCCAAAGCAGCGAAGAAGAAGGCCGCUAAGCCGAGCAAGAAGACCGGCCCCGGCGCCAGCGAGCUGAUCCUGAAGGCCGUGUCCGCGUCCAAGGAGCGGAAAGGUCUGUCCUACGUGGCUCUGAAGAAGUCUCUGGCCGCUCAGGGCUACGAUGUGGAGCACAACAGCGCCCACGUCCGACGCGCCAUCAAGACCCUGGUGGGUAAAGGCGCCCUGGUCCAGACCAAGGGAACCGGAGCCUCCGGGUCCUUCAAGGCGAGCAAGACCGCCGAGAAGCCCAAGAAGGUGGUGAAGAAGCCCGCCGCCUCCGCUGCCGCCGCCGCCCCUAAAGCCAAGAAGCCCGCGGCCAAGAAAGCCGCCGCUAAGAAGCCGGCGGCCGCCAAGAAGCCCAAAGCGGCCAAGACCACCCCGAAGAAGGCCAAGAAACCUGCCGCCGCCGCCGCCAAGAAACCCGCAGCGGCCAAGAAAGCCGCAAAGAGCCCGAAGAAGGCCGCCAAGAAGGCGACUACACCCAAGAAGGCUGCGAAGAAGGUGGCGAAGCCCAAAGCUGCCAAGCCCAAGAAGACUGGCGCUAAGAAAGCAGCCAAGAAGUAAAUCUACAAAACUUUACUUUAAACACAACAAAAGGCUCUUUUAAGAGCCACCCACAUAUUUCACUAAGAGCAAAUGUCCAGCCUCUAACUUACUCUUUAUAUAUUAUACAAUUCCUGUUUGUUUUUGACAUGUUAUUUUCUCCACUCACUUAAUAAUAGAAAGUGUUUAGUAAUGAUCAAUACGUCCCUGAAUUAAACUGUCACAUGACAUUUUCCAACAGUCACAGGUAAGUAGCCAAUUACUGUGGAUGUAGAAUAAUGUUCGGUAGAACAGACAUAACUUUGAUUAAAGGUGAUUUUAAAGUGAAUAAACUAAAUCAAAAUCACUGCAGAUGUCUGCAGUGAUUUCCAUUCAGAGGUGGAUCUGCUUCAUCCUGACACAACCACACCGCCACAGCUGUAGUAACAUCACAAUGAAUGAAUGAAAUCUUAUAUGUAUAAUCUAGACUUGACAUGUGAUUAUGUUGCCUGAUUAUAUAAGGAUAUUAUAUAAGGAUAAUGAACCUAUAGCCUUUAGCUGGUGUGCACAUAUAAACACAAGGAUCCAAGAGCCAUUGAAGCGUUUAUUGAGUGAAAGAGUUGCUGAAUGGAUGGAUGUUUUUUAUUUUUCUGUACAAUUAAUUAAGAGUUUAGAUGUUGCCAUACAGACCAUAGCACUAAUGAUAAAGAAAAGGUACAUGAUUAGCUUACAUUAUAGAAAAGUAUAAAAGAAAAUUUGACAAUCUUCCCCACAGUAAAACAAUAUAGAUAUGAUUGCAUGAGUGCAUGUAUGAGCCGUGUGACGUGGACAGUUUGUGUCUCACUCUUCUGGACUGUUUCUUUCCCUCUAAAACGAAACCAGCCAAUAAAUAAUUGCUAAAACUGCAGCAAACACAAAAAUCUCACAUGGACAAACAUCUAAACAGAUGUUCAUACGCUGCUCCUUCAUCAGUGUUAAUCUCCUCCAUGACUCCAAAACAGUAGAAACUUGUAAAGCCUGAAAUAUUUUCCUUCAAUAUCUUUGUUCUGUUUCACUGUGUAUAUAGACCUGCUUUUGGAAAUAUAUAU